AUGGGUUUGGAAAACUGUCUACAACAUCCGGUUGCGGACUGUUGCACCGACCCUGGCGUUCUUGUAGGCACGAGAACAGUGGAUCCCACCAUUUUGGUUGACGACCACAUGAACUGGCCGAAUAACUUCAGCGUUUCUGAUCACCCACAACACUACUUUCACAAGCUUUGUAUUGACCCUUGGCUGUUGGAGCAACGCAGCUGUCCGAUGUGCAAGUUGGACAUCCUACAGGCUUACGACUUCCGCCCAGAGAUGGACCGCUCCUGCCCUGCCUCAACCGGUAGUGAUUCUAGUACCUCUCCUGCUGUCGCUUCUGCGGGUCAGACUUCAAGUCCGGUGUUGGUGAGAGGGGGUGUGGGGACAGAGAGGGAGGAAGGAGGGGUGGUCACCGCGGUAAACACUGCUGGUGAGGAAGUGACUCCGGAAACCGUGAUUACCGCUUCAAUCUCCAAUUCGUACCAUGACUUGGAGCAACAGUCGGGGGAGUCAACUGCGCCCAGCCGUGUCGACUGGUUCAGAGGACUCUUUCGGCCUCCUACAAGUACCCCAUAUUAUCAGCGCAGAAUCAGACGGCUCUGCUUGAGGAAUGUAGAGAUAACGACGGCGGAGGUGGAAACCCUUGAGUCGCAACCCAGCAGCCACCUUCUGCCGGUAGAGGGGUGUGACGAGGACCCUCCACACGCCUCCCCCGCGACUCCCGUUCUCCCUCGUCUUUCACUCGUGCAUUUCACCUCCUUCGCUGUCUUACGCCAACUCACUCGCUCACAGACACAAUCGCAUUUAAACGCCUCCCCUUCUCCUUUGUCUUUGUCCUCUUAUGCUGUCGCCGCUGAUGGAGUAGCCGUUGUUACCACAGCUACCAAUUUUGAUUGUCCCAGACGCCAACACUACCACUGUUGCACAAUGGACGAUCCCUUUAUCCAUAACAUAUACAUAAACACGCCCAUAUCCACGUAG